UUACUUGAUCAGCGUAAGACCUCGAAUCUCUGGCACUUUUCCAACAAUUGUUCCUUUCUUUUGAUGCAAUAUGCCACCUAGAAUAUACCAUCUACCUCGGCGGCCAUUCAUAAGUGUGCACAGCCCUGUACUAAGACGUUUCGAAAGCACAGUAGAACGUCAACCAGAUAGCAACUCGAAUUCGCGAUGGCUGAGCACGAUUAAAGCUAGGAUUGGGAAAUGUAUUAUGUUUGGGAUGAGUCGAGAACAAGCACGAGAUGCGGGAAAGAUACUAGAGAUUUUGGGGCGAGAUUGGAGGGAAUUGGUAGCUGGGAGACUUGGAUACUUGGUGGAUAAAAACAGAGCGGGUUUGACUAGACAUAAGGUUGUUUGGGGGGAAAUGGAUUGUAUGGUAUUUUCCCCUUUUAUGGAGAAGGAUUGACUAACUAUGUGUUCCUGAAAUAUGCUGAAGUAAAUUGUAAAGCUAAUCUUUGAGUUUACUACAGAAACACGUUAAUAAUGUCAUGUACAUACGAUAUGCCGAGAGUGCAAGAGUAAAUUGGACUCAAAACUAUGCCAUUCAUAUCGAUCCCCAAAAUAAAGAGAAAUGGAAACAAUUGUGUACUCCAGAUGGUUAUGGCAUGAUACUACGAAGCAUAAAGACGACGUACCUUUUUGUGAGUUCCUCAAAGUCUAUCUUCUCAUAGGCUCACAUGUAUUUCGUUGCACAAUACUGACGAGCACCAGCCUAUGACAUGGCCGGAUCACAUUUCCGUAUAUCAUAAACUUAGCCAUCAACCCAAAAGUGAAGACGAGUUUUCUUUUAAAUUAGAUGUACUAAUCAUGUCGGAAUUGCAUCAAAGGCCAGCUGCUAGAUGUGUGGAAGAUAUUGUGACAUAUGAUUAUAAAAAUGGAAAGAAGGAGGGGUUGCAACCUUGGCUUUUGGAUGCUUUUGCGAAGACUUGGGAAGAGCAAAAUAUAUCAAUGGCAAAUGCACGAAAGAAAAUUGAGAAUAUAGAAGAGAAAGUCAAAAGACUGGAGAUUGGGACCUGGGAUAGGGCGGAUGCGGUAGAAGAUAUGGGUACUGCUAACAAGACUUGAGAAGAUGAAGCGAAUAAAUACCAGGAAGAUGUUGAUGCAUUCUUUGGCACGAUUAGUCACGAAGCCGAGGAUCAACUCUAGCCACGACAAAUAUCGAGGGCUAGCAUAGCUAGUUUGUGGCGUGACAAACGAUAACUAGAAGUUAUGCGAGCGUAGAUUUGAAUAGACAUGCAGAGCUUGAUAGAAUUCCCCAAU